AUGCGCAUCGUUUUUCCGUUUGCAGUAGCCAUCUUAGCUUUCUCAGCCAGCGCCCACCCAGGUCCUCACGCUGCCCCAUCAAAUGCUGAAAUGGCUCACAAAGCGAGACUCUCCGGCCGGUGUGCGCAGCAUGUUGCUCGAUUCAACGACAGGCGUUGGAAGAGGAACCUCGGCCAUAUUGGUAACAGGACCGUGCAAAUCCAGACGCAAGCCCCUUAUUAUGAUGCGCCGCAGAAUGACACCUGCGUCUUAUCCCCUGAGAUAACCGCCGGUCCUUACUACUGGCCGCAGUCUCAGUUACUUCGCCAGGUUAUGACAGAAGAUCAAGUCGGAAUACCUCUGUGGCUAGAUAUUGGAAUUAUGGACAUGGCUACGUGCAGUCCCUUGGAAGGCGUGAUGCAGGGCCUGAAUGCCUCGGAAUUUGUUGUCGGCAGCACUGAUAUACAUACUGAUUCCGAAACCUGGCUUCGGGGCAUGUGGCCAACCGAUGACCACGGAAUAAUGCAGAUGAAAACUAUAUUCCCUGGUUUCUACGUUGAGCGAGCUAUCCAUAUCCACGUCCAGGUUCACACCGACUGGACCACCCGCGAAAACGGAACCAUGGUCGCAAUGCGAAUGGUCACAACCCGGUUGUCUCAGUUGUGCCCGGUCGAUGAAAACGAUCUUGCCAAGGGUCUGAUCGGGUGCAUCGCUAUCGGUGUGGACACUUCAGCCAUUGAGGAUGAGCAUUGGUCUGCAUCUUGA